AUGCACGGCACCCAAGGCGCUGCAACCCGGAACCCUGCGGCACCAGCGCCUCUGCUUCCCCUGAGCUGCACGGACUCUGGGCGACGAGGCACAGCAGGCCCGGCAGCACAUCAGCUUUCCCCAAAAGCUCGCCUUCUCUCCACUCUCGGCCAAGAAACGGCCCCGGCUUCGUGUCGACAAGCUUGCUUCGCUCGCUAA